GUGUCUUCUCUACCGUACUAGUACGCUAGCUGGGCAAAUCGCUGUGCAUUUGGCGUACACAUUCUUACGGCAGAAAGAUGCGCUGAUGCAUGUAUCGAUGGACUAGCGCGGGCACACGGUUCAGCAGCAAAUGAUUUGUGAUUCCGCCUGUUACCGGCGUACUAGUCUCCAGAAUUCGUUACCGAGGUUCAAUUCUCGCCAAAGCUGAUAAAGAUUUGAAAGACCAUUCCAGAACAAAAAAAUACGGGUCAUCAUCAUCGAGGAUUAGAUAACCCGGGUACUCAAGUGCAGAGGGCAAGUAAUUUGCGAUCGAUUCCGCUUCACUCGGGAGACGCUGUCGCUCUGUCACUCGAUGGAAGAACAUCAAUUUCGCAGAGCAUUAGAGCUAUUUCCUGUCGUGCGCUCCUCUACAUAUUGUGCCGAGGAUGACGAAAUUAGUGCUGCUAGUAGCGACAAUGCCGCAACUAGUGGGCGCUCAACAAUAUCUGCCACGAAGUCAGCAUUGAAGGAUAGCGCGAUUAUGGAGAAAGGGAAUUCUGCCAAUGAAAAGGAAUUCCUCGAAAUGCACGCACAGAAAUCUGUGGCAAGUGUACCUCCUGAACAAGGUUUCUGGAAUCCACUGAGGAGUGCCAUGCAAGAAUUGCUGGGAAAUGAAGAAGGCCAACGAUUCUGCGAAAGCUUCAAACACGUUCACGAAUCAUUGGUCAGGGAUACCUUAUCUUUGGACGACAUUGAAAGAAUUGCUACACACAUGAAGUUGAGGUCACAUUGGCACUGAGUUCCACAGAAUGCAGCAAUUCACAUCCUUAAGGCAUUAUGAACACAGGACUUUCAAAAAGUGUAUUGUUUACACCACGUACUGCUCGUCAGCCGGCAUCAGAAGUUCACGUCAAUAGUACAUUUUGAAACCUUGUCUCUCACGAAAAUGUCACAACAAGCCGAAGGUGUUCCAAGGGGUUGAGCUUUGUGGAUCAAUUCUGGGAAGCAUUGCAAGAAAGAUACAUAGAUAGCCCUUGUAUGAAUAUGUCGGUAUGCUCACGCAGAGCCAUUAUUGUUUGGCUCCUGGGAAGUUAAGGCGAACAUUUUUACUCAGUACAUUUUAUCCAC